AUGAUAAAUAACACGGGAAACAUUUCAUCUAUCGAAGGAUCGUCACCGUUUGAUGGUUUUACUGCAAUACUUACUGCUGUUGUGCUCGGUCUUCUCAUACUUAUUACCGUUAUUGGAAAUGUGUUCGUCAUCGCCGCAAUAGUAAUGGAAAAAAAUUUACAAUCUGUAGCGAAUUAUUUAAUUGUCAGUCUCGCCGUUGCCGAUCUAAUGGUCGCAGGUCUCGUUAUGCCACUUGGUGCCGUGUAUGAGAUAUAUUCAGGAUGGUCACUAGGCCCAGCACUUUGUGAACUGUGGACAGUUAGUGACGUACUCUGUUGCACGGCAUCAAUUCUUCAUCUAGUGGCCAUUGCAAUUGACAGAUAUUGGGCCGUGACAGACAUAAAUUAUAUCCAGGCACGAAAUCCAAAGAGAAUUGGGAUCUUAAUUACCAUUGUGUGGAUCCUCUCGUUGGGAAUUUCCUUGGCCCCACAAUUUGGAUGGAAGGAUCCUGGUUUUAUGAGACGUAUUGCUGAGGGAAAAUGUCUAGUGUCACAGGAUCCAUCAUAUCAGAUAUUUGCGACGUGCGCGACAUUUUACGUCCCUCUAUUGUUAAUUUUAAUCCUGUAUUGGAGGAUAUUCCAAGCUGCUCGAAGACGAAUACGAAAGCGUCCAGGAGCGGCAUACCAGCCGUCUCACGAGAGAAGAGGGAUCCUGAGGCUCAUAAAGACAGGGCCAAGAGAGGAGUCAACAGCGUUCACAAUAACACGUUCGACUCCGGACCAUUCAUCAGUUUCACCAGAAAAGACCUCGUCCAACGGGGCAAAUGUAAGUCAAACAUUAACCAGCACCUCGGUGACAACAACGACGGCGACAAUGGCCGUCGUUACGACACCAGGUACACAGCCACCACAAAUAACAACGACUAAGAAAAACCGUGAGACAAUAGAAGCUAAGCGGGAAAGAAAAGCCGCUAAAACAUUGGCGAUAAUAACGGGCGCUUUUGUUGCAUGCUGGUUGCCGUUUUUCGUUGUCACCCUCCUACAAGCAUUGUGUUCAUCCUGUGCGCCGCCAGAUAUUCUUGCAAGUCUGUUUCUUUGGCUAGGUUACUUCAACAGCACUCUUAAUCCCGUUAUUUAUACUAUUUUCUCACCGGAAUUUCGACAGGCUUUCAAGCGAAUACUCGGCGGCGCCACGCGUCGUUGA